GUUAUAUUUUUUAUGCUACUAGUGUCAAAUAUGAUUUUGUAUUAUAAGACGGAAGUAAUAUAAGAUGUUUUGCUAAGCUAGUUGAGCCUACCAAAAAUCUUUACUCUGUGACUAGCUAGUUAGGCCAACUCCACCGCGCGACCCUAAAUUGUCCGAGCGCGUCCGUUUAAAGCAAAAGUUGUCCCAACGCUAUACCUCAAACGGACAAAGUUGUCCGCAUGCAUCCGUCCGUCCCUGCCCCAAACCCGGAGCAUCUUUGCGCGACCAAUGCUCCCAAGCGGACAAAAAAGGCGCUCUCGACCGCUGCUCUCGUCCGUCCCGUGUCCGCCUGGUCCCACAAAACAGUGACUGAACCGCACAAGCUGGGUCCCUUCCUCGAUCCCGGCCGCCGCACGCGUCGCCGGUGGACAGCGCCGCGGAGCCGCCGUUCCCUGCCUGGAUCGAGCCGCAUGGCGAGGUGGGCGAGGCAGCUGCAGCGAGGGAGAAAGGUGUGCUGCUGGUAUCUAAGCUCGGACAGCGAUCUGAAUUCGUCCACGUUGAUAUUCACAAUUCAAGCAGGCUGAAAGAGGUGUUGGAGGAUGCCCGCAGCCAGUGGACAUGGAGUUGUGCAUGGGUGUGUGGGCAUGCAAGAGCAAUUGCACAUGGAUGACGAACAUGCUUUUCUACAUAGGCGUGGAUUUGGUGAUUCAUGCCGCUGGACCAUUCCAGAGGGAUGACAAAUGCACAGUCCUGCAGGCAGCAGUAUUUACCAAGACAGGGUACACUGAUAUCUGCCAUGGAGUGGACUAUUCAUGGAGGGCAAAAUCUUUCCAUGAACAAGCAAAAGCUUCCGGCGUCCCAGCUCUCAUAACUGCAGGGAUAUCUCCUGGAGUGAGCAAUGUGAUGGCAGCUGAGCUUGUACGUACUGCAAAAGGCGAGAGUGGUGGUGAACCAGAAACACUGAGAUUCUUCUAUUACAUUGCAGGUACAGGUGGUGCAGGCCCAACUACGUUGGGCACAAGCUUGUUACUUCUUGGGGAGGAUGUAAUUGCCUAUGAUAAAGGGAGCGAAAUCAAACUAAAAGCCUACAGUGGAGCUCGCAACAUUGAUUUUGGAAAAGGGAUUGGGAAGAAAUAUGUUUACUUGAUGAACUUACCGGAGGUGAAGAGCACACACAAAAACUUAGGUCUGCCAACUGUUCAUGCUCAAUUUGGUUCAGAUCCUUUCAUCUGGAAUUGGGGAAUGGAAACGUUCGCAAACUUCUUGCCUUCUGACCUCUUGAGAGAUAAAAAUGUCACUCUAAAGUUUGCUGAGUGUGUUGACCCUUUCAUUCGAGUUAUUGAUGGGAUUGUAGGAGAGCGUGUCGCCAUGAGAAUUGAUCUCGAAAGUUCAAAUGGGCACACCACUACUGGAUUAUUUGCUCACAACAAUCUAUCCGUAUCAGUGGGCUAUGCAGCGGCCGCAUUUGCUCUAGCAGUUCUAGAAGGCAGCACAAAGCCAGGGGUUUGGUUUCCAGAAGAGCCAGAGGGAAUAGCUAUUGAUGCAAGGAAGCUCUUGCUCCGACGGGCAUCUCGAGGAGUAACGAACUUCACAAUGAACAAGAAUUCCGGGAUGAUAGAAUGCUGAUCAUAUGGAAAUGAAUCCCUGGGUCAUAGAAUGCUGAUAAUAUGGUGAUGAUGGAAGUUAUAGCUUCAUCAAACUAUUGUACUCUUCCCCUGUAAUCCCCCCUCUCCCUCAAUGUAACUCUGAACUAUGUUCUGGGCUAUUCGGUUGGUAAUAAAGUUCAGGCAGGCGUAAGCCCGCCGUUGACGCGUAAAA